AUGAUAGAUGAGGACAAAACGCUACCUGGCGUCGUAAAAUUGCAAUACUUGAAGCAAUGUUUAAUCGAUGAAGCUGCUGAUUUUGUGAAGGACGUUAAAGUGGAAGAGUCAAAUUACAAGCCCACUUGGGAAGCAUUAAAAGGCAGAUACUGCAACGUACGCCUACUCAUACAUACUCACUUUAACACACUUUACAAUCUACCCAAACUACAGGAUGAAUCUGUGUCAGACCUUAAAACACUCAUCGACAAAACUCGACAAGCUGUCCGCUCUUUGAGGAACAUCGGAAGAGAUAUCGUUGGUGAUUGGCUGGUUUACCACACUAGUGAACGGCUGGAUCCAGCGUCGCGCCUCCAAUGGGAAAACUAUCUCAGCACUCGGAGUUCGAAACUCCCCAAUUCGGAAGGCAAUGACUCGGAACCCGAUCAUUAUCCCACAUUCGAAGCUUUAGCAAAAUUCAUUGACGAGCGAAUCAUCACCCUAAACAUGACAGACUCGCAUCGCUCAAUGACGACCCCCAACUCGCCCGCAUCAAGCCUUCAUCAAAUCAAGGACUGCACUUCCAAGGGACGCUGCUUCGAAUGUCAUAAGCAACAUCACACCCUUCUGCACAGGCCACCUAGAGAAGAAACCUCCGAGAACGAAAAGAAUGCAAAACACCCCCACCAGACACAAAGUCCAUCGGCUACUACAGCACCCACGGUUCAUACGAAUACAACGUCCAUCAGCAGUUCCAACCGGACAAUUCUUCUGGCAACAGCCUGCGCUAUUCUUGAAGGACCAAAGGGCCAAACCACGGCCCGUGCCAUGCUGGAUCAAGGAUCUGAGGUAUCCUUCAUUUCUCAGGAUAUCGUCAGGAAAUUGAGACUACCAUGCUACCCCGCAAACGUUACUAUCCUAGGAUUGGAAAACCAUAAAGUGGGGGAGGCAAAGACAGUUGCCACAAUGACCCUAAGGUCCGUGCACGCGCCCGACUUCCAUCUCGAAUUCCAAGCUUAUGUGGUCCCAAAACUCACAUCAAGGCUUCCAACGCGAAAAAUAGUUGAGAUCAAUCUGGAUUGGCUCGGAGCAGAAAAGUUGGCUGAUCCUCUUUAUUACCAACCUGGAACAAUCCAACUUAUAAUUGGCGCUGAUUACUAUAGACAGCUACUACUACCAGGGCUGUACCAGAUUGAAAGUCCAAAAGCAACAGCCCAAAAAACAGCACUGGGCUGGGUUAUUUCGGGAACUGUUGAAACCGAGUUUGCACGGCGGGCGGAACCAACUACUUCAAGAACAGUUUCGUCAAUGCAUUGCGCAUCGUCAGAAAAUAUUCAAGACGAACUGCAACGCUUUUGGGAAUUUGAAGCCAUCCCAAACAAUAAGGUGAUCAAGCCAGAUGACGAAAGUUGCGAAAACCACUUCGCUAAUACACACACACGAACCCCUGAAGGCCAGUACAUGGUCCGUCUCCCCAUCAAGUGUCAACCUCCAGAGGCUGCAGCUGAAACCAGAAGACUAGCUGCAAGCAGCCUAAUUGGAACAGAGCGUCGAUUUAAGCAAGAUAUCAAGUUAUCCGAAGCCUACUGCGAGUUCAUGGAUAAAUACGAAUCAGACGGUCACAUGAAGAGAGUGCCAGAGGAGGAAUUGAACAACCCAAAGGCUUGGUACAUACCACACCACGCAGUAGUCCAACAAACAAAUAACUUGGAUUGGAAAUUACGAGUGGUGUUUAACGCAUCAAGGUUAACCUCUCAGAAAAAAUGCCUUAAUGACUUCCUGCAUGCUGGACCUGCUCUACAGAACGACAUUGGCCUCAUACUAUUAAACUGGCGCAGACACAAAGUCGUUUUCACCGCGGACAUAGUAAAAAUGUUCCGCCAGAUCCUCGUUCAUCCGGAAGACCGCGAUCUACAACGAAUUCUUUGGCGAUCAACUCCGGAGAAACCCAUCGAAGAAUAUCGGCUCUGCACCGUCACAUAUGGCACGGCGUGCGCGCCAUAUCUCGCCAUCCGCACCUUGCAACAACUUUCGAUCGAUGAAGGAGCUCAAUUUCCACUUGGAGCGGACAGUUUGCUAGAUAACACCUAUGUCGACGAUAUCUUCGACGGCGAUGAUGACGUCCUACACGCUGAGAAGAAACGAGAUCAAGUGAUAGAUCUCUGUGCGAAGGGGAACCUUAAGUUAGAUAAAUGGGCAGUAAACCACCCCGACCUACAUCCUUCAUCUUGCGCACCACCAUCCUCGGAGAUCAUCGACAAAAUCACAGUUUUUAAGACUCUGGGGAUACUUUGGGAUUCAAGAGUCGACUACUUUGCUUUCAACAAUCCCCAAAAAACACACAUCUCGGAGGAUGCAACAAAAAGAAUUAUUUCCUCUACCAUUGCCAAGCUGUACGACCCUUUGGGCUGGCUCGCACCUAUCACAGUGGUCGCCAAGAUCAUGCUCCAAGAUAUCUGGAUACUCAGAAUUGACUGGGAUGUUGAACUCCCUACUGAAGUGCAAGAGCACUGGACGCAGUACUAUCAAUCCCUAGCUGGAUUAUCAGGUAUCCAGAUACCACGCUGGCUGGGAAGCUUUUCGAAUUCGCUGAUCGAACUCCAUGGCUUCUCAGAUGCUUCCACUCCAGCCUACGCCGCAGCGGUCUACGUGCGAGUUCUUAAAUACAAAGAGGACGCUCAAGUUACACUUCUUGCAGCGAAGUCCAAAGUCGCUCCUAUUAAGACUGCAACAAUACCGAAGCUAGAACUCUGUGGAGCUGCUCUCCUAACUGAACUGCCUUCGGUGAAAUGGAGACACGUGCCUAGCCAAGAAAAUCCGGCUGACCUAGCGACACGAGGUCUUCAACCAGAGACCCUGCAAGAAAAUAAUCUUUGGUGGCAUGGUCCACAAUGGCUGUCCCUAUCACCGGUUAAUUGGCCUUCUCAAUCCCAAGGUCACGAUACCAAUAGCGAGGAAGUGCAAGCGUUCCUUACUGUCGAAGCUGAAGUCAACAAUGAGAUUCUUUCGAGAUUCUCCUCUCUGCAACGACUUAUUAGAGUUGUAGCAUUCUGCCUGAGAGUGUUCCAGAACUUUAGAGCAAAAGGCUCUGGAAACUCUUUCAAGGAUACGGCCCUUUCCUUGACCGAGAUAGAAUCUGCCAGAUCGACGGUCUUAGCGAUAGCGCAGAGGAAGACAUUCUCUGAGGAGAUAGAUUCUCUGAAAAACGGGAGAAACAUUCCCAAACAUAGUAAACUCCGCAAUCUCAACCCCUUUUUGGACAAAGCAGGAAUCCUCCGAGUUGGUGGACGUUUGAAACACUCUUCUCUAGUCUUCUCCUCGAAGCAUCCACCGAUUCUCCCAAAAGAUUCACCACUGACCCCCUUGUACGUGAACUUAGCGCACAAGGUCUCGUGUCAUGGAGGGCCAAAGCUAACCCUCAGCAUCCUUCGAAACUUAGUGUGGAUUGUUGGUGCAGCUUCACUAGUGAGAAAACUGGUACGCACGUGCGUGCCCUGCCACCGAAUUAAACCUCGCUUCCCGACGCAGCUCAUGGGUGAUCUGCCACCUGCAAGGAUCGAACCGGCUCGUCCAUUUACAAACUGCGGCCUUGACUAUGCCGGACCCUUUCAACUGCGGGCCACCAAAGGCCGUGGAUUCAAAUCCUACAAAGGAUACAUUGUAGUCUUCGUUUGCUUCGCUACGAAGGCGAUCCACUUGGAAGCGGAAGAAGAGGUCUUUGUCGACGACUGUACAGCGACAACGGAACAACAUUUCAAAGGGGCUGACAGAGAACUAAGAUCCAUGUUUAAAAGGGGAUCCACAUUCUACAUGGAAGCCGCAGCAGCCUUCGCGAACGACGGAGCGACAUGGAGCUUCAUCCCCCCAAACUCACCUCACUUCGGUGGACUCUGGGAGGCCGGAGUGAAAUCUGCAAAGCACCAUUUGGCUCGACUGAUGAUCUCCCGGACAUUUACGUUUGAAGAGUUUAGCACCCUUCUCACCGAAAUAGAAGCCUGCCUGAACUCAAGGCCUUUAUGUGCCAUGUCAACUGAUCCCGAGGAUCUUAACGCUCUAACCCCUGCACACUUUCUGAUCGGAAGUACAUUGGCAAUGAUCCCUGACGAAGAACCACCGAAAGUACCUGACAACCGAUUAAGCCGCUACGAACUUAUUCAAAAAAUAAGGAACAACUUUUGGAGAAAAUGGUCCCAGGAGUACUUACAGUCACUGCAAGUUAGAGGCAAAUGGCAGCAAUCUUCAGACAAUCUAAGUGUAGAUCAGUUAGUACUCAUCCAGGACAAUCGAUGUCCUCCCGCGAAGUGGCCUUUGGGAAGAGUGGUUGCGGUUCAUCCGGGAGCUGACGGGAAGGUCCGAGUGGCUACAGUGAAAACAAUUCACGGAACAUAUCGUCGACCUAUCGUGCGACUUAGCCCAAUACCGCCACCUUUUUAG